GGCCGAUUGCGCAACAUUUUCUUCGUGCAGUCGAUAUCACCGGUCAGCUGCAAUGCAGGGGUCAGUGGAAUCUGCUCGACUGUAGACAGAAUUCAAGCAGUCACAAUCUUGUGAACUAUAAAAGAAAGAAAGAGGCAUACGCAACUAAUACAGAAUAUACCAGCAUCAUGAAUAAGCUGAGGGUUGCUGUGAUUGGUGGAGGAGCAGCUGGGCUUUGUGCCGCAAGAUACAUGGGAGCGAGACCAGACAGAUUUGAACCGGUUGUCUUUGAGAAAGCCGAUCGCGUUGGAGGCACUUGGGUUUAUACAGAGGAGACUGGGAGGGACAGACAUGGUCUGCCCAUCCAUUCAAGCAUGUAUUCAUCACUCAAAACCAACCUUCCCAAAGAAGUGAUGGCUUUUCCAGACUUCCCCUUUGACAGUUCUCUUCCAUCUUUUAUCAAGCAUACAGAGAUGCUUAGAUAUCUGGAACAGUAUGCCGACCAUUUCAAUCUCCUCAAGCAUAUACAGUUCAACACCAUAGUUGAAUCUGUGAGACCUGUGAAACCAUCAGGUGAUACUCAAUCUGUCACGUGGGAAGUCAAAGUUCGCGAUGUGGAGAAUCAGGAAUCUGGUGCGUCCGUCACCUCUCACUAUGAUGCUGUCAUGGUUUGCAAUGGGCAUUAUGCACUUCCGAAGAUUCCAGAUAUGGAUGGGCUGGAUACCUUCUCCGGUCAAAUCCUUCACAGUCACAACUACCGUCAUCCAGAAACCUUCAAGGAUCAGUCAAUCUUGAUUGUGGGUGCUGGUGCCUCGGGGAUAGACAUAGCACUAGACUUGUCACCCCAUGCGAAGCAGGUAGUCAUCAGUCACUGGAAACCAAGAUUCAAGACGCCACUCCCAAGUAACGUUAAAGAGGUUCAAGCUAUCAAAUCGGUCGGCAAGACUGAAGUUGAGUUCCUGGAUGGCUGCAAGGAUACUUUUGACAGCAUCAUGUUCUGUUCUGGCUAUGACUAUGACUUUAGUUUCUUGCAUCCAGACUGCUUAGUAGAUAUUACCGAUGGAAGAAUUACUCCGCUCUACAAACAUGUCAUCCACCAAAUCUUCCCCAGCCUCUGUUUCAUUGGUACCACCAUCCGCAUUUGUCCAUACCCCCACUUCCAUGCUCAAACAUUGUUUUACCUAGCAGCAUUAGACGGCUCUAUGAAACUUCCAACACAGAAAGACAUGCAAGAAGAUGAAGCAAGGGACUACCAAAAGAAAUUGGAUGAAGGGCUCCCUCAUCGCUAUGCACACUAUAUGGGAGAAGGGCAGUGGGGAUAUACCUCUGACAUUCUAAGCUUAGCAGGGGCCGAACAACACAAGCCGGUGGUCAAGAAGUUAUACGAGCAGGUAGCUGUGUACAGAAGGACAGAUGUACCGAACUACAAGAAUAUGAAUUUCAAUGUAGUGGAUGAUGAAAACUUUGUGCAAUUGCAGUCUUUUGAGCAGUGAAAGACUGAAGAUUAUACUCUUGUCUAUUAAAGGGGUCCUUAAAACCUUCAAUUCUGUAUAAUCAUUGAAGCAAUGAUAAACAAAUCUCUCUGAUCUAGCAGACCUAGGUACUGCAGGUUAAUAAAAAGAAAUUGAUAGUCAAAUUUCAAAGCAAUGGUCAAAUGACAAUUUCAGUUUUUUUAAUAAUUUUUUUUUAUUUUUAAAAUAUCCAUUUGUUAAUUUUUAACAAAUUUUGAAAUGAUUUGCUUUAAAUUUACUACACAGUGUAAGCUGAUGAAACAAUUUAUAUGAUUAUAGUAUACGAUUCAUGCGAUUUCUCAGUUUCUCAGCCAUUAGGAUGCUCCCUAUUAUCUCUAAAGCAGGCCUUCUCAACUGGCGGCAUGCGCGCCACUCGUGGCGCUUGCGGUCAGUCAGAGUGGCGCGCGGCUGUUCC